AUGAAACCGGCUCAGGGAGAGAAGAAGGGAAAGGGAGAGAAGAAGGGGAAGGGAGAGGCGGUUUUGAAGGGAGGGAAGAAGGGGGUUGGGGCGGAGGAGGCUAGCGGCAAGGGUACUGCUUCUGGCGCUGGUACUGGCGCUGGUACUGGCGCUGCUCCUGCAGUAGCAGCAGCAGCAGCAGGAGGUGUAGCAGCAGUAGCAGCAGCAGCAGCAGGAGGAGGAGGAGGAGGAGGAGGAGGAGGAGGAGGAGGAGGAGGAGGAGGAGGAGGAGGAGGAGGAGGAGGAGGAGGAGGAGGAGGAGGAGGAGGAGGAGGAGGAGGGGCAGGAGGGAUAGCAGCAGAAGAAGCAGCAGCAGCAGGAGCAGCAGUAGGAAGAGGAGCAGUACGAGCAGCAGCAGCUGAUGUGGCAGGCACUGCAGAGGAUUCAGAGCAUACAGAGACAGCAGAUGAAGGGGGGGAGGGCGAGAAGGAGGAGCAAGGGGAGGAGGCGGUUAGUGGGUGGGUUGCAGGUGCUGACACGGGUACUGUUGGGGUAGCACCUGUUGCAACGGGGGUAGAAGGCAAAAAAGCCCAAGGAGGCGAGGGCAGAGUGAAGAAACCUAAGGAGAAAGUGAGGAAGCCUGAGAAAGGGCAGGUAGGGCAAAAGGGGAAGGCAGGAUUGGGUCCUGGGGCAGGUGCUGCUGCUGCUGCUAGUGCUUCUGGUGCUGCUGGUGCUGCUGGUGCUGCUGGUGCUGCUGGUGCUGCUGGUGCUGCUGGUGCUGCUAGUGCCAAGGCGGUUGCAAAACGGGUGAAAACGGUGGGGAAGGAUGGGGCGAGAGGAACAGGAGAGGGGGAAGAGGUCGAGGGGAUACAAGCCAAAGUGGUGACAAAGAGAAAGGCAGCAGGGACGGAUGAUGGAGGAGUUAAGAGGAAAAAGGCAAAGGUUGCAGCAGGUGUUGUGGGGUUGGAGGUUGGUGGAGGUGCGGAGGGGUUGGAGGGGGUAGAAGGGGUAGAAGGGGGAAUUGGGAGUGGAAGAGAGGGGGUUGAGUCGGGAAAACAGGAGAAAGGAAAGAAGCAGGGGAAGGACAAGAAAGUGAAAGUGACAAGUGGGAACAUAGUGGGCAAGAGAACUUUUCAAGAGGCAGAAGAGGCUUCGGGCAGGCCAAAAAAGAAAGAGCCGAAGGCAAAAAAGGCUGGAGGGGCAGGAGAAGGGGCAGACGCUGCAGAAGCAGUGGAGGAGAAUGGGGAAGGUUUUGUACCUGUUACUGAGUCAGCUAGUAAAGGGGAUGAGAAGGUUACUCCCCUGGGUGGCUCGGCAGCAGCAGCGGCAUCGAGUCUAGAGCUGCUGCUAAUGGGUGUGGACGCUGUAAGCAGAUUGGAGGAAAUGGAGGAGAAGGAGGAGGAGGGGGAGAAACGAUCCGAUUCUGCUAAUGAGGCGGCUGCGCCUGCUACUGUUAGGGAAGGGCAUGCGGAGCAGGAGAGAAGGGAGGAGGCGGAGGAGGAGGAGGUGGAGGCGGAGAGAGAGGAGGAAAGGGGUCGGGAGUUGGCUGGAAUGCCGCGGGUGGUGAAGAGAGCAGAUGGGGUGAAGAGGAAGAGAGUAGAUUCGGUAGAAAGGGUGAUGGAGCGGGCUUCAGCUAGUGAUGAGGCAGCAGCGGCAGGGGCGGGGGCAGGGACUGAAGUGUCGCCUAAUGAACGGGGGAGGAGCAGGAAGGAAGGGAAGGGAGAGAAGAGAGAGAAAGAACAUAAGGGAGAGAAGGUAGGGAAGGGAGAGAAAGGGGAGAAGGGAGAGAAGAAAAAGGAGGGACCUUCAGUCCGGGGUAAAGGAACCAAGGGAACAGAGGGUGCUGGGGCAGAUUCGGAAGUUACCCCUUCUGAGGUGCGACCAAGUAAGGUGAUGAAACAGACGGGUGUGAAUCAAGGAGAGCCUUCAGACGCACCAGAGGCUCGAAAGCAGUACAUGGGGGUGCUGCUGGGUGGGGUGGGGUUGAAGGGGGACCAGAAAAGGCAAGUGAAGAAGCAAGUAAAGAAGGGAGAAAAGGAGGAGGAAAAGAAGGGAGAGAGUGUGGUUCAGAAACCGCCUACGGGACGAAUUGUUGCUGUUGGUGGGCCUAAGGGUUUGCUUGCGGCCUCGCGAAAACCUUCUACUGGUCCUAAAACUGACUCUAGACUCAAGGGUGCUGCAAAGAAAAUCGCUGCUGGUACGGGCGCUGCUGUUGCUGCUGCUCCUGCUGGUGCUGCUGCUGCUGCUGCUGCUGCUGGUGUUGAUGCCAAUGCUGGUGCAGCUGGGGUGCUGAAACGAGCUCUGGCUAUGGUGCGGGAACGGGACGGGGGAGAAGAGGAGAGCAGAGAGCAUGAGGAGCAGCAGCAGCAGCAGCGGCAAGGGGGGAGUGAGGAGGAAGAGGAGCAAGAGAAGGAGGAAGAAGAGGAGCAAGAGGAGGAGGAGGAGCAACACUCAGGAAUCGAUGCCAAGGGGGAAGAGAGAGGUACAGAGAAGGCCAGGGGCAGAUCAGGCAGUUCCGCUGCUGCUGCUGCCUUGAGCCGUCAGCGUGGUGGCACCGGUGGGCGUGGGCUAGCAGUUAGGUCUCCAGGAAAGGCUAUCAAAGAGCCGCGUCUCACGAUUCAAAGGCCUGGGAUCCCACUGAGAGGGUCAGGAGUUACAGUGAGAGGGAUGGGGCUCCGUGGUAGGUGGUCGGGAAGAUGGAAUGCGCGUGCUAUCAUAGCAGGAAGGGCUGGGGCGGGAAUGAGGUAUGGGGAUAGGGAAGAGGAGGGUGAACGGGGUAAAGAGGAGGAGGAGGAGGGAGAAGGGAGUAGGGAGGAUGAAGGGGAUAGGGAGGAGGUGGGUGGGGAUAAGGAGGAGGGAGGAGGCGGGAGUGAGGAGGAGGUGGAAGGGAGGGAGGAGGAGGAUGGGGAAAGAGAGAGAGAGGGGGAGGAGGAGGAGGAGGAGGAAGAGGCAGUGGUGUUGCUUGAUGAAGGGGAAGAGGAGGAGGAGGAAGAGGAGACAAGAGACUGGGAGUUCGACAGUCAAUUGGAAAGCGAUGGACAACUCCCAUCCAUCCCUUUCCCCUCGCGCAGGUUCGCGAUCAUCGCUCCGCCCUCCCGUCCCUCAUGUCGCCUCCGUCCCGCAUUUCCUCUCGUGUUUCUCUUCCCUCCCGUCCCUCUCGACCUUCUCCGCCGCUCGCCUCAGCCCCACAUUCGCAUCGCUCACUCGAUCCCUCCGCGCACUCCCUUAGUGCUGCGCGUAACGGUGCUGCAGAUCUGGCUGGCGCUGAUGAUCGAGGACCCGCGCGAGGCGGUUCGGCGGCCGCAGAUGGGCAUGGCGGGUGCUCUCACUACGAUUCUGCCGACCCCUUCCUAG